CAUGGAUUUUUCUAAUUGGCGCACCGCCCGGAUGCUCUACUUUGCGUGCAACAUUUAAAAACCAUUUGGAGUGAGCUACGAGAACUCGAAGACUGUUGACUCUCUAAAAUAAAAUAACAUAUAAGGCAGCCAUGGCUCCCCAGAGGAAGAAAACAAAACCAGCCAUAACAAACCAGAGACGGGCCCAAAUCCAUGCUUUUCUCGAGGACUUCGACGCAGAAGUGAAGACCAGGGUUCUGCUUAUGAAGGAGCAGCAGAUGCAACUGCUGACGGAGAUUGACAACAGAUACAACAUGGCCAUCAUCAAGCUUCCCAAGGCCGUCAGGCAGAUGAACUGGCUGCUCUACUUCAAGAAACCUCAAUCCCCAACGGUGGACGUCUCAAAGAGAGGAGAGGUUCCUGAGCUGGAGAACGUUCUGGUUGAGAACCACAUGGCCGCUCCUAAAACGCUCCAGAAGUCGUCCAAGAAGGCCAAGUUUAGUUCAGAAGACGAGAACACGGCACCUCAGACCACGACCAAGAAGGGCAAGUCCAAGAGGCCCCCCGUCACCUCCAAGAAGACCAGGGUCCAGUCUAUCCUCGGGAUGGCCGCCUCCACCAGGAAAAACAUGCUUGAGUAUUCUACGAUGACGGGCUCCACUCCUCUCAUCACACCCCGCUUCGACCCCAGGCCUCCUGAGACCCCCGGGGUGAGGGUCCCCCGACAGAAAGAGCGGGUCUACAGCAUCUCCGUCAACGGCUCUCCCAUACAGUCCAGCACCAAGGACAUCAUCAUCAACGUUCCCAUCGGCAACGGAGAGAGCAUCCAGCUGCUGGCCAGCCAGAUGAACAGUGUGGACCUGUCGUCCCUGGAUGCGACGGCCCUCCAGGGCAUGAGAGACCUGCAGGGCGAAGACCAAAAUGGCUCUCGAUACAAUUGGAUAGACCUACAACCACCAAUCGGAGCAAAGAGACGUGUGACACAACAGCGGCAGCUAUCUUGGUUGUUUAUGAAACUGCCUGAACCGUGCUGCCAUAGGGCUCUCCUCUGUCUUGGUAUCAAGCCCGACCCAUAUUAGAUACGUUUUUAUGAUUGACCCGACCCAAACCUGGUCAGCUGGAAUUCUGUCUGAACAGGACGGGGACUAGACUUCUAUGCCAGAGCAAAUAAAACAUGAGGUUCCAGUUUCAUCUGGUUCCAGACUAAUUGUUGUACUGUAUGGUCUGUACCAUAGUACUCCUAAUGGCACUAGUAUUAUAUUGCCAUGGUAUGACACUAUGACACUUGAUACUACAGUAGGCCUACUACCAUUUUGUACUAGUACUAUGUACUACAGUGUUGCAGUCCUAUCAGUGUGGAGGUUUAGGAGUAUGAUCUGUAGAUAUUUGAGAGACUAUUCUU